AUCACUGUGAAAAGACUCAAAAUGAAAUUAUUCGCCAUUUUUGUCGUCAUUUGCAUCGCAAGUGCCUCAGCUACAGACUUUCUCGGAUGCAAGAAAGGCAAAUCGCCAGUAGCUGUUGAUGUCGAAGGUUGCACAAAAACUCCUUGCAAAUUGAAGCGAGGAACUGACGUUGAUUUUCUCGUGACUUUUAACUCAGAGGUCGUUUCCCAAUCCUUGAAACCAAAAGUUCUCGCCCAUGUUCAAGGACUCGAUGUUCCUUAUCCUCUUCCUCCUGAAUUUGCUGAUGCCUGUAAACACCUCACCGAAGGCGAAUGCCCUUUGCUGAGCAACACUAAUGCCAAAUAUCAAAUUAGUUUUCCCGUUAAGAAGGAAUUCCCAGCUGUACGUGUGACAGUUGAGUAUUCUUUGCUAAACGAAAAGGAUGAGGUUGUCACCUGCUUCCAAGUUCCCAUCCAAACUGUUUGAAAAAUUGAAUAAAUUUCAGGAAUGAA